AUGUUCGACUUGGGAAGUGCCUCUCGCAGCGGCAGUCAGGCCAGCUUUCGACCAGACUUGAAGUCUCCUGCCUCCGACAUGAACUUGGGUGGACGGUUCGGUGCGCAGGGCGGGUCCUCGACAAGUCUGGCCCUCCCACCCGGACCUCCUUCUAGGAUGGGCUCGAGACCAGGAACGCCAAGCGGAAGAAGCAAGGCCUGGGUCAAUCCGCUGGAUGUUCACUGGGCUAGAGCUACACCGACAGCACCGACCCCGUUGAAGAUUCACCCUCUGGCGCAGUCCAGCAUCGAGCUUCCUCCCCCAACGCCAACCAAGUCCGACGCGGGCUCUGUCUUUGGUGAAGAGGCAGAUGAUAUGGUGGAUGCUGUCAUGGCCUCGGUGAAGAAGCAAGAGGAAGAAAACAAGGAAAAGGCGCGAGAGAUGGAGAAGAAGAAGGAGACGGCACGUUUGGAAUUGGAGAGGUUGGAGAGGCAAAAGUCAAACGAGUCCAUGCUGCCUAAAUCGCCGGUUGAACGACAACAUCAGCUGUCUUUUUUUGACAGACCACAAAACAGUCCGACAUUGCCUGGGCCAAUGUUCCGGGGCAAUGUUGACCAGAGACCCAGCAGCCGAGGUGGUCCACGCCAGGAUAGCCCUAUCAGUCCAACCGGAGGUCAGUCACCUACUAUUCAUCAAGGUCCCCCUCCUACCGGGCCGCCUACCCAGUCUCUUCCCCAGCCCCCCGGUCAGGGACCGCGUCAAGGACCACGAGGACCUAAUGAAGCUAGAGGGCCACAGCAGACCAACACUCCCCCGUACAGUCCAACUCACAGUCCAACUGAGGCAUCUCGGGGCGGUUUCCCCCCGAAGGCUGCUCUGGGUCCCAAUCCGAACGAGCCCCCCCGGGGCCCUCCUCGGAGCUCGCCUCCUGGUCUUCGAAACGGACCGCAGAGCUUUCAUCUUCAUGGUCCACAACAGCGCAAUUCUCCCCCGCAAAGUGCCGGUCCGUAUCGUCCGCCUGGACCGCACAACAAUGGACCAAGGAACGGUCCUCCUGGCCCUGGCCCACGAGGUCCCGGCUUUAAUGGACCACGAUCUGAGAGUCCCAUGCGCAGGCCGAUGGCACCGGGGCAGUACCGAUCCGAAAGCCCUGCGCGCAGGCCAAUGGGCAGCGGAGGGCGUUCAGAGUCUCCCGGACCACGGUUUAUGGGAAAUCAUCAACGUCGCCCUGAAAGCCCUGGCCCAAGGUUUAGGGGAAAUAACGAGUUCCGAUCAGAAAGUCCCAGACGUGUGCCUGGGAGCAAUGGUCCUGGCCCUCAACAGUUUCCUCCUGGAAUGGGUCCCCGACCCGGACCGGGCCCGGUUCCUCGCCCACAGGUUAAUACCACCUUCGCCCCUCGUCCACAACCCGAUGCAGCGGCCGUCUCUAGCCCCCAGGUCGAUGCUGCCCCUGAGCUCCCAACGCCGGUGAGCGAGGCCAGAAAGUCACCGCCCCUUAUUUCUACACUGACAUCCCCUACGCCGUCAACUGCAAGAUCAUCUGUUGAUGAUGAAUUUCUGGACCAGCUUACCACUCCGCCUGUUAUCCGGGAUGUCAGUGCGAAGCGGGACACUCUCCAUGCGACUCACCGUGCUGAACAGAGCUUGUCUAUGAAGAUAGAAGAGCUGGAAAAGACCAUCCUCUCUCAACAUGUCUUGAAGCCAAGAACGACAAAUCUGGCCCCUGCGCCUGUCAACCACAGAAUGAGCACCGCGAGCAGCUGCUAUAGCAACGACAUGCCCGAUGCGAAGGACGACGAGCAUGAUGAGGACGACAACGAUGAGCCAAUCUUGUCUAUUCAACCUGCUCCAUUGCGGAUCCCCUCUCCUCUGCCUCCUUCCGUGGCGGCUGCUGUCACAAGCCCAGUCCAGUCCCCUGGAAGUCCCAUCCGAGCACCCAAGGCCGGUCAAAGGCCCAGACGCCCCGGUCUUGAGGAAUAUGGUGUUGCCAGCAGCCAGCUGAGCUCUCCCCGCGCCCGCGUCCCAACCCCAGUACCCGCCACCCUGACCAGCCCAACAGACAACAACAGCAUCCGUAGCUUCCACACAGCCAACAACUCUCCUCCCUCUCGCUCCACCACACCCCUCAAAUCCAAGCCCAGUCUCCCUAUCCUCGUCCCUCCUACAACCGCAUCCACCACCGCCAUCUCCCCAGCCGAACCGCCCAAACCAAUCCCCUUCAUCGACACCGGCUUCCAGUUCGACUUUGGCACUACCACCACCACCACCACCGGCCCCUUAACCCCCGACUCCUCCCACUGGCACGUCAGCUCCCCCGUCACCGAAUCCGCCGCUGCCCCAGGCGUAGCUAUCGCCUCCGCCCCCGCUCCCACCACCACCUCACCAUCAUCACCAGAGGAUACCGACCUUCCCAAAUUCACCCGCCCCAACGUCCCCCCCCCCCUCAAGCUCAAGUUCAAUUUCUCCCCCGAGGCCUCCUCCCGCGAUCCCACCUUUGGCACCCUCACCCCACCGUUAUACUCGGCACCCCCCAUGAUCGCCGUCAACGACGGCCGUCCGUCCACCUCGGCGGGGUACAACCCUUUCCCCCACGGCGGGCUGCAAGCCUCCCCGCAGUUGAUCUCUCAGUUUCCAGAAAGCAUGAAGGACGAGAACAGGUUGAGUUUCAUGGGGAUUGGCGUGGCGAGGGGGCCGAGCAUCAGGGAGGUGAGGAGGCCGGGGACGAGCCACGGCACCGGGCAGGGGCAUAGAAUGGUGGAUAGUUUUGGGACGGGGUUCAUCUGA